AUGGUUGAUGCAAAGCCAGAUCAUGUCGACGUCCUCAUCGUAGGCGCUGGGCCAGCCGGAUUGAUGAUGGCUACGUGGCUCGCCAGAUGUGGUAUCAAGACGAGAAUUGUCGAUAAGCGAGGAACAAAGAUCUUCAACGGCCAAGCAGAUGGUCUCCAAUGCCGAACUCUGGAGAUCUUUGACUCUUUUGGCUUUGCCCAUAGAGCCUGGAUCGAAGCAAAUCACAUGCUCGAGAUCUCUCUCUGGAACCCUGAUGAGACAGGCGUCCUGCGAAGAAGCUCCCGCAUUCCCGAUACAAUCCCUGGGAUCAGCCGUUUCCAGCAAGUUGUUCUUCACCAAGGCCGAAUUGAGAGAUUCUUUCUUGACGCGAUCAACGAGUUCAGUCAAGGAGCCAUCUCAGUAGAACGUAGAGUCUUGCCUACAAGUCUCGAAAUUGAUACGACUACUGUCGAAGACUUAGACGCGUAUCCUAUCACCGUCAAACUCCGACAUCUCAGUGAAGAAGAAGCCCAAUCAAAACAAACUGCUACUUCCGCCAAUGGCGAAGCCAUCCAAGACGGCCUCUUCUGCAGCAAUCUUUCCCCCGACGAUACAGCCGACAUGCUCAAAUCAGCCCAACUGAACAAAAAAGCCGACAUUGUUGAAACUGUCAAAGCAAAGUACAUGCUAGGUGUUCUCGACAUCGUACCCAUCACUGAUUUCCCCGAUAUUCGUCAGCGCUGCGCCAUUCAGUCUGCUAGCUCUGGGAGUGUCAUGGUUAUUCCACGGGAGAACAAGUUGGUACGCUUAUAUAUCCAACUUACUACGACGGAAAAGACGGAAAAGACGGAAAAGACGGAAAAGACGGAAAAGACGGAAAAGACGGAAGAGCAGGAGUCGGGAGCGGAUCGUUCUUGGAUCACUCCUGAAGUUAUUCUUGAGUCAGCGCAGAGAAUCCUAGCGCCGUAUAGGAUCACUUAUCGUAAGCUUGAUUGGUGGACUGCCUAUCAGAUUGGGCAGCGUGUAGGGUCGAGCUUUUCGGCUCAUGAGAGGGUGUUCUUGGCUGGUGAUGCUGUUCACACUCACAGCCCCAAAGCUGGCCAAGGCAUGAACGUUAGCAUGCAGGAUUUUUUCAACUUAGGAUGGAAAGUCGCAACCGUCGUCAAGGGUCUUGCUAGCAGAUCUAUCCUCAGAACCUACGAAUCUGAGAGGAAGGGUAUCGCUCAGGCACUGAUUGACUUUGAUCACAAGUUUUCUCGACUCUUCUCUGGACGACCGGCGAAAGGUAUCAUGGAUGAGGAAGGCAUUAGUAUGGAAGCGUUCAAGGAAGCUUUUGAGAGGGGCAACCUGUUUGCCAGUGGAAUUGCUGUCGAAUACGACAAGAGCAACAUUGUCGCUAAGCCCUGCGUUGAUAACUCUAGGUUGUCAGACGAGAAGAGGCAAUCUUUAGCACCAGAGAUCAAACUCGGCAUGAGAAUGCCCAGUGUCAAAGUCUUGAAUCAGUCUGAUGCUCGGCCAUGGCAUUUACAAGAACUCCUCAGAAGCAACGGUACUUGGAGAGUAAUUCUAUUCCAUGGCAACAUAGGUUUGGGGAGACAAAAGAAGAGGAUGAUCAACAUGUGCGAUAAGCUAUCGGAUGAGUCUUCGUUCCUCAGACCAUUUACACCACCAUCAGCUCGAUAUGACUCCGUCAUCGAAGUCCUGACUAUUCAUGCGUCAAAGCGCCAAGAGCACGAUGUCUUUGACUUCCCGGAGGUUCUACGUCCAUGCGAUGAGGUUGAUGGUUGGGACUAUAGCAAGAUCUUUGUUGACGACGGAUCUUACCACGAGGGCCAUGGCCAGUUAUACAAAACGUGGGGGAUUUCUUCUGGCGAAGGCUGCGUUGUUAUUCUACGCCCGGUUCAGUAUGUGUCUUAUGUUGGCGCGAUGGAUGACUACGAUUCACUCGAUGGCUUCUUUUCUCGGCUUUUGUUGCCUCAAACUGGUCCUGUAGUAUCGAGCGCCUGA